AUGAAAGGGAAAUCAUAUUGUAGAAGUCGCUCGGCAAUAGUUUAUUGGGAUUUAAAUAAAAUAAACUCUUUAUCUAUUUCUAAAUAUACCAAUCCAUCAACAUUUUAUACGAAAACAGGAAGAUGUACUCCCUCUAUCUUUACUACUUUUUCUGAUCAAUCCUUUUUAAAUAUUUCAGAUUUUUUAUCUGAUUCCUCUUAUAAUAUAACAUUAAUUUCUCAACUUUCUCCACAAAACCAAAUUUUCCAAUUAAAUACAUCUCUCAUUAUUGGAUCCAAUAAUUUAACAAUUAUUGUGAAUCCUUCUCAACGUUUUACAAUUGGAACAUAUGAAUGCAAAGAUUUUUCUUUAAUUGAUUUCACAAUUAAAAGAAAGAGUGACCCUAUCUAUUUUGACUCUAAAGGAAUAGUUCAAUUCUUAGUUGAAUUUAAUUUCGAUAUUAACUUUUUACUAAAUAUCAGAUGUACUUCACCAUCACCUUUUUCAUGUUCCAUUUCUAAUGUUGAUAAUUUUAUUUUCAACUAUUUUGCUGUAUCAAUAUCACUUUCACCACCCUACUCAAAUAUUCUAAACAAUAUCCCAAUUAAUUUUUCUUUAGAUAAUUUUCCACAAAUUUCUACUACCAUCACCAAUGUUUUCAUUCAAAAUGAAACAUCAACUUUUCAAUCUAUAUUAAUACAAUCAAAAAAUGGACUUUUAAGUACAUUUAAAAUUGUAAAAAGAAAUUCAACCCACAUAACAUUUUUAAAGAAUGAUGCUAUCACUACAAAUAAUCAAAAGAUAUCAUUGUAUAAAUGCGAUAAAUCAUCAGACUCUUUAACAACAUAUACUCCUUCAAUAACUAAACUUGACUCUACCAAAAUAGGAAAGUUAUUUCUUACUACCAACUAUGACUCUACAAGUGACACUACUAUUGUAACCGCCACCUCAUACAUGUCUUAUGUUUCUACCUAUGAUAUGGUUGUUAAUAUAGGAAUACUAAACACAAGUUUUGUUUUAAAUUAUUGGUAUCCAACUACUAUUUUUAAUAACAAUACUUUUGGUUACCAAACUUCGUUUUCUAUAUCCAAGAAUUUAAAUGGUCUUAUUUCUGCUUCCAUAAGUGAGUUUGGAACUUCUUCAAGUAUUAAUAUAGGAAAUGGUGACCUAUUUUCUAGCAUUACCAUCAAGAAUAUGUCUUUAACCACAUCAUCUUGGAACAAUUAUAUUUUUAGAAUAGAAGUAUCCUCCUCUAAAUAUAUACGUAGUAUUGAAAUCGAAAGUUUCAAAUUGAGUCCAUCAAACUUAAUUUGGGGAGAUUCUUAUAAUGGGGUUUAUGAAUUAAAUUGUCAAUUUAAUUCUCCACUACCAUAUAGUGUUUCAAUUACAGACGAAGUUGGUCAAAAGUCUGUAAUGAGCACUGAUACUUUUAUUAGUAAUUCUGCAAUCCAAAAUAUAUUUACUAUCAAAAAUAUUACCAGCUUUACAUUCGAAAGAAAUAAUUUGACAGUUACCUCGGGUCCCAUCAACAAUACUCUCAUAUUUACUGUCACAAAUUCUACAGCCACAACUAUGAUACCAAUAAUGACACCAGGAUUUGGUAUAGAGUUCCAAGGAUACUACAACUAUUCACUUGAUGCAUACCAAAUUGACUUUUACCUGUUACCAGAGUUUCUUACUGGAAUUUUCGAAUUCAAGAUAUUAAAUGGUCACUCUCACAUUGAUUCCGGCUCCCUUGCUCUAAAAUUUGGACAACAAUCUCAACUUAUGAUUGUUCAAUCUAUUGGUGACAUUUUUCCACCGAUGAUAACUGAUAUUCAAGCUUACCCGGAUACCAAUGUUAAAUACAGUAGCUCUUCUACAAUUAAAUUUGGUUGGUAUGUUACUAUUGAGGACUAUCCGAAUGGGUUCAGUAAUGGUAUAGUAGAGGUAAUUUCAAACUUGGAUAUGGCAUCCUACACUGCAACUAUUGAUAAAUCAAACAGAGUUAGUGGUGACAAAUAUAAGGGAAAAUAUUUGUUUACCAUUUUUGUAGACUCUGGAUGUAGGUCGCAAGAGUUUACAAUUGGAAACAUUACUCUUUUUGAUACUGGUUCUUUAAAUGUAAGAAGUACAUUCGAUCCAUUGACCACAAUCUACGGAGGAAUAUCCAAUGACGAACUAUAUGUUAAUGUAACUUGUAAAACUAUUAUCGGAAGAGAUUUCCCGGAAAUCGAUAAACUAAUAUUCACAAAUAGUGUCGACGUUGGAUCUGAUGAUAGAUCUAUCAAUUUUGUAAUUGAAGCUGAAGAUGAAGGCUCUGGUGUCUCUCAGAGACAUACUCCUAUUGUUUAUCUAUCGUCAGAGAGUUUAGAAAUCAUUCCCAUUCCCACCACAGUUCAAUCAGCAAAAGGUGAUUCUGUUACUUUUGAAGGAAACUAUAUCUUGCCGUUUGGUUGGGGAAUGGGAUCUACAUUUACUCUUUCCAUCUAUGGUAUUGUAGAUAACCAUAUGAACUAUGUAGGUUAUUCUGCCAAUGCUUUGAAGAAGGAUAAAUUUAAAUAUACUAUUAAAAGACAAUUUUCUCUGACCACUCCUAUCAUCGAAUCUGCCUCUGGUCUCAGUAACAUUCGAAGUACAGUCACACUCUACGGUAGAUCUUUCGGUGUCAACCCAUCUGAUACCACUGCCUAUAUCGAUUACCAAGAUGGUAAUGGCUUUGCUCCAAUUAAUAUUAGCUUCCAUUCUGGUAUCAUAUUGCAAUUCAAAAACUUACGACCCGUAAAGACAUUCAUUGAAAUGAAAAUAGAAGUGAAUGGUGUCACCUCUAAUACUCAAACCAUUUAUCCAGUCAUUGGUGAUGUCAUCUCAACUCCUACACCAACACCAACUGUCACAUCAACACCAUCUACACCUGAACCAACGGUCACUCCACCACCUGUUUGUCCUGGAAACCCACCUUGUAAUAACCGUGGAAGAUGUACUAGCGACGGAUGUCAAUGUAAUAUGCCAUGGGAUGGACCAGCAUGCCAGUCACAAGUCAUUAUCGUUCCAAAUCCCAAUGCCAAUCCAGAGCCAGCCACCGGUGUCGAUAUCACUGAUGGUGAUAAAAUAUUCUCGUCCAAUAUUAAAGUUGUUGAGGUGAUUGAAUUGGACAGUCUUCAACAACCAAUCAGUAGUUUCAAAAUUCGAUCUUGGAACUCAUCGGAAACAACAGUAAACUCAACCAGACCGACAUACUUGUACCAAUCGACCUUGGAAGGAAGAGAAACCGAGAUUAAUGUGACUAUUGAAUUCUUUACACAAGAGGUCAAUAUUACCUUUGGUGCUCAUGAUAUAAAGAUAUCUCCAUCCACAAUCAAGUUCUCCAUCGAAUUGUCCAGAUUUGACUUCAAAGAGAGAACCAACUAUCUCCAAGUGGUCAUGGAAUCCUAUGUACUUGGAGGUGAGAAUGAAUGUUCUUACAAAUCGAUAGGUCAAAGUGGGAGCAAUGUAAAGUGGAUAAAGCUGAACAUUGAUGACAAAGCAUUGUACGGUAAAUUCCUAUCGAUGGCAUUGGUAGAUGGACGUAUGGAAACAAUCAACAAUGUCUUAUUAGAGCCUACCAAGAACGAUACCAGCCAAUAUAUAUCAUCCAAAAUCGGAAUUGUUGUUCCCUAUUUCGAGGAGAAAGUACUGAUCGACCCUGAUUUUACAAAUAUUCUUGAUGUUGAAAAAGAUGACGACCCGAAUAAACUUUGUGGAACAAAACAACCGGUCAAUAACAAAUUCAGUACCUGGAAAAUUAUUGCCAUUGCUGUUGCUGGUGGACUAUUUAUGGUUUCUGCUUUGGUCGGUUCUGUAAUGUACUAUAAACAAAAGAGAAAGAUAGAUCUACAUAAAAAGAAAAUGGAAAUUAAAUUGCGUAAAUCUGCACAACUAGAACAACAACAAAUUCAAAAUAAUAAUAAAGUAUAA